GAAACAAAGCCGAUGUCUCGAUGCAUCGACUAUUUAUACAUCGAGUUUCGAGUUUUCGAUGCAUCACAUCUCUAAUUGGUACAAGAAUAUAUAUAUAUAUAUUGUUUUGACGUAUCUAUUUAAUAAAUUCUCGAAAUAAUCGUCAAAAAUUGUCAAAUUGUCUAAAAAAUGGUUGUGCCGAUGCCAAAUCCCACUAAAGACUUGGUACUUAAACUUAUGGGCGAAAAGGAAAAACUUGAAUCCAGAAUAUCCGAAUAUGGUGUUAUUUUAAGAAAUAAUGACGAUGUUGGAAUGCACGGAACUUUGGUGGAUGCAGAUGGAUUUCCGCGGAACGAUAUUGAUGUUUUUCAAGUACGGCAAGCGCGCCAACAAAUAAUUUGUCUACAAAAUGAUCACAAAGCGUUAAUGAAGGAAAUUGAAAAACAAAUGCAUAAAUUACACGCAGAAGCAGCUGAGGAACGGGCACAGGGAUUAUCACACAAAGCAUCAGGGAUGCAUUUGGAAGAUGAUAGUGAGAUGUCAAAUACCAGUAAUGGGUCCUGUGCUUCGUCAACAGCGCUAGCCAUAGCCAAGGUGAAUAUGAUAAAUCCUGGCUCGCCUGCUGAAGAAGCUGGUUUAAAAGUAGGUGAUGAGCUAUUGGAAUUCGGCACAAUUAACUGCAGAAACUUUCAAAAAGAUUUAAUUCAAUUUGGCAUCAUUGUGCGCCACAUGCAAAAUCAAAGAAUUCCACUGAAAAUAAAGCGAGGAAACCAACACUUAGAGCUGAUAUUAAUACCGAAAACAUGGAGUGGUCGAGGACUCUUGGGCUGUAAUAUUGUACUUCCCGAUGUUUGAAUACUAUGCUGUUGACCAAUCAAAUAUUUUAUUUCCCUACCGGAAGAAUAUAUACUAUACUCCAACAUGUACAAUUACAUU